AUGGGUUCCGUUGAAGAGAAACCUCCAGUCUCGAUCCCCGUGAUCGACUUCUCAAAAUGGGACAACCCAAGCACACCCUCUGAGCGUGUAGCCAUCGCGAAGGAACUCGCCUCUGCAUGUCACAACGUCGGGUUCGUGUCGAUAAUCAACCAUGGCGUCAGUCCUGCGCUUUUGGAAGAAGCGUUUGGCUGGUCCAAAAAGCUAUUUGAUUUAGAAACCGAACAGAAAAUGAAAGCGCCACAUCCUGAUGGACCGACCGUGCACCGUGGCUAUUCGUGGCCGGGACUGGAGAAGGUGUCGCAGGUGAUUAGUAGUGAUGCGGAGGUGGGGGAGAAAUUGAGGGCGGUUACGGAUUGCAAGGAAAGUUACGAAAUCGGAAGUGAAGAAAACGAUGAACAGCCCAACGUCUGGCUGCCCGAGGAAGUGCUCCCCGGAUUCCGGGAAUUCAUGACAGAUUUCUACUGGACAUGUUCCCAAACCUCACAAGAAAUCCUAAAGGCAAUUGGAUUAGGUAUGAAUCUCCAGGAUCCAGAUUUCAUCUUGAAGUUCCAUUCUGGACAUAAUAACCAGCUGAGGUUGUUGCAUUAUCCGCCUAUUCCGGCUGCGCAGUUAGAGAAUGAGUUGAGUGCUAGAAUGCCAGCGCAUUCGGAUUGGGGGAGCAUUACGAUGUUAUUCCAAGAUGAUUGUGGUGGAUUGGAAGUUGAGAAUCAGCAUGUUCCGGGAGAGUUUAUUAAGGUUACGCCGUUAAAGAAUGCUAUUGUGAUGAACAUUGGGGAUUUGUUGAUGAGAUGGAGUAAUGACUGGCUGAAAUCAACGCUCCAUCGAGUGACACUGCCACCAGCUUCAGAUCGCUUCACUGGUGAAGAGCGUAUGACAAGAGCACGAUACUCGAUACCAUACUUCAUCAGUCCAGACAUCGAUGCAAGAAUUGAAGUCAUGCCUGAAUGCGCCACAGAAGGUAAUCCGAUCAAGUAUGAGCCAGUCGUCCAAAGAGAAUACCGUUUGAUGCGAGCGAAGCUACAGUAUCCGGAGAAAGCGCCCCAGGCUGUCACAGCAUCUGGUUAA